UGAACUAGCCCUUAGUCACGUGACAAGUAACAAAACAUCAGCCAUAUUGUUUCUUAGGUCUUUCCGUCUAACUUUGUCUGUUUUCAGUUUUGCACCAAAGUUUCCUGAGAUUUGCGUCGUUUGAACACAGCGGAUCGCGAUGGGAGGAUCAAGUAGUCAGUUCACGCAGGAAGAACUGAAGGAAUAUCAGGAGCUGACAUAUUUCACAAAGAAAGAAAUUCUACAUGUUUUCAAGAGGUUCCAAAUACUGGAUCCCGCCAGUGUCCGAGCCAACAAGAAUGCCAGGCUGCCCAAGGAGAGGAUAUGGUCCCUUCCUGAGUUAAAAGUGAAUCCCUUCAAAGAUCGCAUCUGUGACGUGUUCUCAUCAUCAGGGGAUGGGGACCUGUCCUUUGAGGACUUCCUGGACAUGAUGUCUGUGUUCAGUGAUUCUGCACCCAAGAAUGUCAAAGUGGAAUAUGCCUUCAAAGUUUAUGACUUUGACAGUGAUGGCUACCUGGACAAGUCAGACCUGAAGCAGGUGGUGGAUCGGCUGACAGGAGACCAGAAACUGAGUGAUACGGAGAUGGAACAACUGGUGGACAAUUUGUUUGAAGAAGCUGAUCUGGAUGAGGAUGAUCAACUGUCCUUUGCUGAGUUUGAGCACGUCAUCUCCAAAGCACCAGACUUCAUCAACUCAUUCCGCAUCCGUCUGUAAAUGUGUGGCUCUUCCAUGUGGUCAUCACCUAACCACUCACCACUACAUGUGCAUGAUGCCUUCAACAGUCCUGCAUGUGCCUUAAUAUUAUCAGAAUAAUGCAUGGCUCAAUGUGUGCCAAGUAGAAUGAAUUAACUUGUAGUUGAUUGCAUAUACACAUUGGAAGGUGACAAGAGAAUCUUUCAGAUGGUUAGAAUGAAAUAUUUGUCAUGAUCUGGAAAAUGUCUUGCAAGUAGUUUUCUUGUUGUCUGUUCUGUGUUCUUUGAAAGCUGUGCUUGUUGUUGUUAUUAACCCGGUAUGUAUAGUUAAUGUCUAUGUGAUUUGAAAAAUGCCGGCAAAGUCAUAGAAAUGGGUUUAAUUUUGAUGUCUUCUUUCCCUGCAAUCACCAUACAAAAGGGACAAAAAUUUCAGUGUAAUUUAAUUCUCGUGAGACCCAGGCAUAUUUUGCAUGAUCAAAUUGAGACUGACAAUUUUGUUUUGGAAUGUUAAGAUUUGUCAUAUUCGCACAUUACCAAGCAACGAGUCCAUUGUGAUUUUAACAAAAACUGUUUAGUGCAAUUUUAAAGCUUUCCAUGUGUCAUAAAGAAAUAAUCUAUCCCUAUGCAAGGUAUUAUUAAUCAUUUUGAUACGAAAACAACUGUGCCUUGUUUUUCAGAAGUAAUUAAAACAUAGUCUCAAUACUUAUCUGAAAUUUCAUAGAAAAAGCAGCAAUUUUACAUUUACAUUUUAUGGCCAAUGGAGGCUAAAUGCUGAUGUAUAACUGCAUGUUGUUGCAGUUUCCUUUUAAACAUGUUAACCUUUGUGCAAAUUUUUUAGUAAUUGAACUACAAACAUUGUUGUACAUAUUUUUCAAAAUUUCUGAAGAUGCUGACCAAAGAUUCUAUUGUAACAGUAGAUCUCAUGAAGACUACAAUUAUUUGUACAUAUACUAAACCUUGGCAUGAACUCUCAACAUUUGAUUACAGAAUGAAAAUGAUAUCUGUUUUGUACAUUUUCUGACUGCCAGAUAAAGUUGUGUCAAGAUAUCUGUAUAGAAAAUGAGCUUGUCUUGAAAUAGAUGUGAUUUGAGAGAUUUGAUCCUUUGUGGAUUACAUUUGUAAGAAAUGAAAGACUGAAAACAAUAUGUUGGAUGUGAGUAGUCGUGUGUUUGUGAGAAAUAUAAGCUGAAAAUUAAAGUAAAGGACACUUGGCAAGAUAUGCUGGAAACAACACUGCAAAAGCAGCAUUUCAGCGUUAAGUGAAUGAAAUAAACAUACAAA